AUGGUUUCCUAUUACGACGAGCUCGAGAUCGAAGACUUUACUUGGGACGACGAGGCAAAGGUCUACCACUACCCAUGUCCCUGCGGCGACCGUUUCGAGAUAUCAAAGGUGCAGCUGCGCGACGGUGAGGAGAUCGCAACCUGCCCCAGCUGUAGCCUCAUCGUUCGCGUCAUUUACGACUACUUGGACUAUGAGGACUACGAGACCUCGGAUGAGGAGGACGCAGACGCUGAGGGGUACGACACCCCAGACACCACCACUCCCCCCACCCCGGCCGCCUACAAGCCUGCCACUGACAAGCUCACUGCCGACAAGUCGGAGGACAAUAACACGUCUUGGCAAGGGAAUGAUUCCGCUUCCGAUGCUAGGGACCCCAGCGUGCUUGAGAAAGCGAUUGAACGUCUGGACCUCGCCGACUCUCCAUCUGUGAGGCAGACAUGA